AUGGUGGGCGAAGGGGAGGAGGACGCCGGUAACGGCUCAUUUGAAACAGCAUUGAAGGAGGUGGCGCGAUCCAAGAAAGACAAGAACAGGCACAGAUGCAAACGAUCAACAAAGGAGGAACAAUCGAUCGUUGGCAAGUCAACGGGCUUUAGCAGCAUCCACCACCAGCUGCCGCCUGCGCAGAGGCGCCACCGUCUUCCUCCACCUCAACACGGUGUGGAUCUCGUCGUCGACGCCCAGAGUCCGUGGUACCGUGCUGUGCGAGCAUGGCUGCAAACGUGGCCACGGCAGUGCACGAAAAAUAAGCGGUGA